UUGGUGUUAGUGCUGGUUUUUUCAUCUAGUGUAAAUGGUUCUUCAUUUCGUUCAACUCAUACAAAACAAGUGCAGGUAAAUGAAGAAGUAGAUGCACUUCUGAAAUGGAAGUCAUCCCUUAUUAACCAAACUUCUUCUCUCCUAUCAUCUUGGAAAAGAAAUACUGCUAGUAAUCGUACAAUAAGUCCAUGCGAAUUAUUGUGGGAUGGAAUCAUUUGUAACAACGAGGGAAGCGUCACCGAAUUAAUGAUAGCAGGUUUGGAAAUACAGGGUACGCUCCAUGAUUUUAACUUCUCAGCAUUGUCCAACCUUGUUAGUCUUUACUUGAGCCAGACCAAACUCUCCGGAUCCAUUCCCUCCGAAAUUGGCAAUCUUUCAAAACUUAACUUUCUUAGUCUUAAGGAAAAUCAAUUUAGUGGAUCCAUCCCUCGCCAACUUGGCAAUUUACAUCUACUCACCGGUUUAUGGUUGAACGAAAACAAACUUAUCGGUUCAAUACCUACUUCUAUACACAAUCUAACCAACUUAAUUGUCUUAUCAAUCGCUGACAAUAAUCUUUCGGGCAUCAUUCCACAAGAAAUAGGAAAUCUAAGAUCUCUCAAAAGAUUAUAUUUGUAUCAGAAUAAUCUUACCGGUCCAAUUCCCGCUUCUUUAAGCAAUAUGAGCAGCCUAAAGACUCUAUACCUUCGUGAAAAUCAACUCUCUGGUCCAAUCCCUACUUAUUUAGGUAAUCUCAGCAACCUACGUGAUCUGUACCUUAAUCAAAACCAACUCACCGGUCCAAUCCCUCGGGAUAUAGGAAGGCUAAAAUCUCUUACUCGAUUAGAUUUAUCUAAUAACAAUCUCAGUGGUUCAAUCCCUUCUUCAGUUACCAAUUUGACUAGCAUGGAAGUUCUCGACCUCGGCCAAAAUCAGCUGUCUGGUAUCAUUCCUAGAGAAAUCGGAAAUCUACAAUCUCUUUAUAUUUUAUCUUUCUGGAUGAAUAAUUUCACUGGUUCAAUUCCUGUUUCUAUAAGCAAUCUGAGCGAUCUACAGACCCUAGUUAUCCAUCAAAAUCAACUUUCUGGUCCAAUCCCUCAAGAUAUAGUAAAACUAAAUUCCCUUAUUUACUUAUCUUUGUUCAUGAACAAACUAACUGGAUCAAUACCAACAGAAUUAGGCAGUCUAACCUGGUUGCGAGGCCUAUCUUUAGAUAGUAACUCUCUUUCCGGGAAUAUACCUACUGGUAUAGGAAACUGCAUCGAGCUUACAUAUCUAAGCCUUAGCAACAACAAUCUCUCUGGAAAUAUUCCUAAUGGGCUCGAAAGAGCUGAAUUAUUAGAAUAUCUGCAACUAAAUGAUAACAACCUCAGUGGUACUCUUUCUAGCUCCUUUGGUAAACUACAACACUUGAAAGUCCUAAACUUGGCGAGUAACAAGUUUGAAGGCGGUAUACCCAAUGAGCUUGGUUUAUUACAUGACCUUCAGAUCCUUUUCUUAAAGUCAAACAAUUUCAAUGGGUCAAUUCCCGAAGAGAUUGCUCAUUUGCAUUAUCUCCGUAUUUUAGAUUUAUCACAAAACAAUCUCACCGGUCAUAUUCCUAGAAAGAUAGGAAGCCUCAAGAAUCUAACAAAAUAUGAUACCAGCGGGGAUAUACGAGUGGAGACGGAUACAUUUACCAAAUUUGAUGUGCAGUUUAAAAUGGUAAUCAAAGGGAUCAUCGUCCAAUUUGAAAUAUCAUCCAGCUCUACCUCAGCAAUCGAUCUAUCGUGCAACAAUCUUGAUGGAAACAUACCGAAAGAAGUUGGUUUAUUAAGAGGACUUUAUACACUUAAUUUGUCUCACAAUCAUUUUUCGGAUGAUAUCCCUUCGAAUGUUGGAAACAUGUCUAGUCUAGAGUCUUUGGAUUUGAGUUAUAAUAUAUUGUCAGGAAAUAUCCCACCAUCCUUGACAUCAAUUGACUUUCUCCAGUUUCUAAACUUGUCUUACAAUAAUUUGAGUGGCAAGAUUCCAGGAGGCACUCACUUUGAAACUUUGAGUUGGGAUGGAUCAGCUUUUCUUGGGAAUGAUUUACUGUGUGGGCAACCCACAAAGAAAGAUUGCCACGGUGAACAAAAUGUUAGCUCUACAAAUGAAAUUCAAGAAGAGGAUGAAGAAAAUGCAAAUGAGAAACUUAUACUAUAUGGUACCAUUGUUUUGGGCUUUGUAGUUGGAUUCUGGGGUUUAUUCUUUGCUUUGCUUUUAAAAAAGGCAAAAUGGUGGUUUGGUUAUUGGAGAAUUGUGGAUUUUGUUGCAAAAGAAAUCGUAGGUUGUCUAAACAAAAAUCCAGCGCAAUAAAGAGUUUUUUUUUUCUUUUUUUUUUUAACUAUAGAUAUUGAAGAUUUCUAUAUCAUGCUGCGCCCAGUAAAAUAAAACAAUUUGUUUUGGGGAAAUAAAUGACAAUAGUACUGUA